AUUUAGUCACAGGUAAAGGCGAAAAAAAAUAUUUUCAAAUAAAACGACGAAAAAACAGAAAGAAUCUUUGCUAGAAAAGAACGUUUUUUUUUUUUCUGUCUUCAACAUUAAAUCUCAUAGCCUAACACCUACCUGCAUUUUUUCAUUUCGACUUUCUAUAACGUAUAUAUUUAUAAAACAACGAUAUUGGUUUAAACCAUUCAGCUCAUCGUGGGAAGAUAUGAUUUGGCCGAAUACUUGGUUCUCCUAGUGAAGUAUAAGAUAUCGUUACCCAUGAGUAUUUCUAAAAAGAAAACGCGCAUCAGUGGACCGUGGUCCGCGGUCAGAGUUGGGCAAGUCCGAGCCCCUUGCAGCGUUUUCGAUUAGGUGAGGGCAUUCCUCUACAUUGUUUCGAUCAGUUAGUGAAUGGAAAUUGAGUUACUCACUUGCAAGCGAUUAAAUUUCUAGCUAACUAGGAAAAAAAAAACGUUCUUUUCUAGCAAAGAUUCUUUCUGUUUUUUCGUCGUUUUAUUUGAAAAUAUUUUUUUUCGCCUUUACCUGUGACUAAAUAAAUUUGAUUUCUUCGUUAUUCAGAGUUAAAACGUACACUAAAGAAAGAAAAUUUUAUCCACGCAGAAAUUGUUCCAUUGAGUCGAUUAUUACAAACACCAACGCUAGACUUUGGUACUGAUAACAGAUACGUUGAUACUCUACUACAAACAUUUGAAAAAGGAAAAAUUGACGACUUAUUUGUUACACCAUCAAUUCAACGUCAUUCUGUUACUGCAUUAAGAAAGAACCAGAUAACAAUAACAGAUCUCGAAGAAUAUUAUCGUGAUCAUGUUUAUAUACCAUUUUUGACUGAAUUAGUUGAUAAUAUCAAAAAUCGACUACCAGGAAUGAGAAGUCCACGAAUUGUGUUGUUAACCAUAUUGAGAUCAGAAUUAAUGAGAACAGAAAAAACAUCACAACCAAAUACACAGUUAGCUGAUAAAUUUGUUUACCAGUGUCGACUGCACCAGCUGAACGACGUAUUAUUCCAUGAAAUGUCAACUGUUAUUCCUGUGGGAACUAUAGUGGCUGAUGAAAAAUGUUCUGCUAUCAGAGGUGGGCAAGUCCAAGUCCGGACUUGGACUUAA